AGCCACUAGCAGCUUCUUUUGGGAGCACAGCACCAUAAGCAUCACAAAGAGAGAAGCUUACCUGUUAAGAAACUUCCUCCACCCCCGACGCUCAAAACCCUAAAAAAAUAAUAAAACAAAAAGAGAGAGAAAGCAAGGGAGAGAAAACGGAGAACAGAAUUAAAUAAAACCCCACUCCUUUAUCUUUCCCUCGCCCCACUGUCUGUCUUUCUUUCUCUCUCUCUCUCUCUCUCUCUCUCUCUCUCUCUCUCUCUCUCUCUGCAACUCUCUCGUUGAUGUAAUUCUCCACCAUAUAUCUCCAAAAACCUAUCAACCUUUACAAAAGAGAAAGGAAGAUCAAAAUACCAUGGUUUUUCCUUCGGUUCCGGUCUAUCAUCUUGAUCCACCCAACUGGCAGCAGAACCCAAAUCGUCAACCUGGAAGCAGCAAUGAGAAUCAUCAGCUUCCCCAGCCUCCACAGCCUCCGGCUGGUGGGAGCGGCGGUGGUGGAGCCUCAAUCAGGCCUGGUUCGAUGGCUGAUCGUGCUCGGCUGGCCAAAUUGCCACAGCCUGAGGUAGCACUGAAGUGUCCAAGAUGUGAAUCAACCAAUACAAAGUUCUGCUACUUCAAUAAUUACAGCCUCUCGCAGCCUCGACACUUCUGCAAGACUUGCCGACGUUACUGGACCAGAGGAGGUGCUCUAAGGAAUGUUCCAGUGGGUGGAGGUUGCAGAAGAAACAAGAAAAGCAAAAGCAGUAGUAGCUCAAAAUCUCCGGCAGCUGACCGUCAAACUAGCAGCUCUGGUACCACAAGUGCAGUCGCCUCAAACAAUAAUAGCUGCAGCAGUGAUAUAAUAAGCCAUAUUGCCCCACCACAACCACAUCCAGAAUUACCAUUUAUGGCCUCUUUACAUCUCUCCGAUUAUGGUGCAGCAGACAUUGGGCUAAAUUUUGGUGGAAUUCAGCCACCACCAGUGGCUGCAACAGGUGGUGGUGGAAAUGGUGUCAUGGAGUUUCAGAUAGGAAACAAUUCAGGUGGAGGUGGUGGUGGUGGUGAUGGUGCCACCAUUUUAUCGGUAGGAGGUACCGAGCAGUGGCGACUACAGCAAGUACAGCAAUUCCCUUUCUUAAGUGGGUUGGAGCCUCCGCCAGGUCUGUACCCAUUUGAAGCUGAAGGAGGUGGUGAGGCAGCAACCUAUGGGGGGAGAGUAGCAGCUCAGAUUCGGCCAAAGCUGCCAUCGUCGGGCUCCAGUACUGGUGGUAUCACACAACAGUUGGGUUCAGUAAAAAUGGAAGAAAAUCAUCAAGCAGGGAUGUAUUUAUCGAGGCAGUUGUUGGGUAUUCCAGGAAAUGAUCAUCAGUACUGGGGUGGUGGCGGCAAUGCGUGGACUACAGAUUUUUCUGGUUUCAACUCUUCUUCUUCCACCAACCAUCUCUUAUAAGUCAAAAACAUCACCUUCUUUUAAAGUAAUUAAAUAAUUAGUCAUUGCAGCUUUUGGACUAAAGAAAACCAGCGGCGUACUUUAAAAAGUUACUUCCUGCAAGGUUCCUUGACACUACUUAUUCCGGGUUCCCAGCAUGAGGAGUGUAAUUAGUAAAGAUGGUGAAAUUGCAGCAAUUAAUGGAUCGAUCAUCUCUUCAUCAAGCCGUUGUUCCUGAUCGAUCUGCUGAAGAAGCUAGAAUGAAAUGGUAGCAGGUUUCUUGUUUUCGAUCACUUCAAUUUUCUUUUUCAUUUUACUGCCAUGUUUACAAAAUGGGACGUUUGUAUGGGUUCUUAGAGUUUGAUGAUAUCUGACAUGAAUGAUGAAGAGGGUUAGCUAGCUGUUAUAGGAUGAUGGAUCAAAAGCACUGUAAUAUUGAGUGAAUAUUUCAUUUCACUUUGAAUUGUCUUUUUUUUUUUUUUU